AUGUCGCUUAAGUUGAGGUUAGCUAGGUUCCAGAAGUUAUGGCUUUAUUAUUUUCCUUGUGACAGGGUCCUUGCGAAGAGAAUAUGUAAAUCGACCGUUAAUACAACAGUGGCUUUCAUAUUUUGCUUGAUUCCCAAGAUCACAGCACAUCUGGGAGCAGCACCUGCGAUGCUGCCGAUGAUUUCCGUUAUCGUUCAUCCUGGGAGAAGGGUGGGGGGUACCAUUCACGGUGCUAUCUACUGUACAACGGGGUUGAUAUUUGGACUUGCUUAUGCAAUCUUCGGCAGAUUUCUGGCACAGCAAUGCCUGGGUAGUUCUUGGCACGAGUUGACAGAGGCGCAACAGCAUGUGUCGAAUUAUAAGAGAUAUGAAGCAGGAUUGGCCGUUUUGGCCGUUUUCGAAGUGAUUAUGCUUUUUUUCCAUGGUUGGAUGAGGUCUGUAUCUCAUUACUACUUUGGUAUUGUCUUCCCCCUUUUCGUUGUAGUUCAUUUCGCAUUUAUGGAUCCGCUGAAUGAAACAGCAGGUACUAUUGCUAAAGCUUACAGUACACCUUUCUAUAUGGGUAUUGCGAUGUCGAUUUUUUGGAAUCUUGUAUUAUUUCCUGAGUGGGGAACUACAUAUUUGGGUAACACCACUAUUGACGCUAUGAAUGAGCUUCACAAAUCCAUCGAUUAUUCUAUAAAUUUUUUUAUUGCAGUGGAUCCGCACAACAAUAGCCAGUUGUACAGCAGAGAUCCCGUUUCUCUAGGGAAGCUUUUAAAGAUGAAGACAUCAAUUGCCUCCAAAGUAAGUAAUUGUCGAGUGGUCCUUCAUGAGUGUAUUUAUGAGUUUACCUAUGCUUAUGUAUCACCAACUAAACUGAAACCAAUUAUCCAUGCUUUGGAAAAUUUAACAGUUUACAUUAAUGGAUUAGUUAAUACAUGUCAAUUGGAAUUUAUCUUGUUAGCAAGAAAUGAUAACAAACUCAAGCCUGACGAUGUUGCAGCUUUGACACUUCCGAAGAAUAAAGAAAUUAGCUUUGCAAAUGCUGAAAAAUUACUAAAAGUUAUCGAUAAGCUACAUCCGGUGAUUUACAGUUUACAUCGAACAAUGAGUGAGUGUAUGUAUAUGGCAAAAUUGGUACUUGCUCAUGCAUUCGAUGUAAAUGUCUCAAGAGUUCACUCUUGUUCAAUGUUCAAGGAUGGUAACUUUCCCACAUUCAAUAAUAAUGCGAAUAACUUGCCCAAUGAUGUCGAUAUUCAAAAUAAGAUCAAUGAUCUGAGGCACGCAUUGGAGGAAUGCAAAGCAAAAUUCAAAUCGGAAAUGUUGGGAUUUGACUUUGAUAUUAUGAAUCCCAGCGAUGAAAUGUUUUUAUUGUCCAGCUUUCUAUUAAACUUUAGACAAACCGCAGAUUCAACAUUGACCAUCAUGGAAUCCGUUAAAGAUAUUUUGGUGAAACGACAGAAACAAGAGAAGAAAGGCUGGUUGAGAGGCAAGAGACUUUGGUUUUUAGUACUGACGAAUUAUGAGACAUUUUCCAUCUGGUUAAAAGGUGAUAGGAAUUCAGUGACCGAAAAUGAUACACUGAAGGGUACUUUCAAUGGUACUACAAAUGGUUUUGCUCACGAUACAGUAAUCAGAAGACCAGAUUAUGAAGAAACUGAACUUCUCUCUCAAAGAGUUUCAUCGAACAAAAACCUUGCAAGGGACGACACAUCAUUGGAUUUGCCAAUAACUAGUGAACCAAAGAGAAAUUCCUCCUCCACCUCCACUACUUCAUCUUCUUCAGCCUCUUCUUUAAGGAAAACAACGACGUUCGGAACCAGCAGAACCUCUAAAAAGCAAGUGAAGUUUUCGUUCAUGUCAAUGCUGAUCUCAAUUGAUAAAUUUUGUGAAGUAUCACAUCCUCACUUUAGAUUUGGUUUCCAGGUAGCCAUUGCAUUGAUGUUGGCUUCUUUCCCGAUGUUCAUCCCAAAGACAAGACAGUGGUACAUAGAUUACCGUGGUACCUGGAUUGGUUUCGUUUGUAUACUUUGUUUGGAGCCUUCCGUAGGGGGUACCUUUUGGGUCUUCUUUCUUCGUGCUGUAGGAGUCAUCUUCGGAGCAGCUUGGGGAUAUUUAUCUUAUGUUGCUGGUGUGAAUCAAACCAAUCCGUAUUUGGAAACCGUCAUCACAGUUUUCGGAGCCAUUCCUGGGUUUUACUAUUUACUUGGUACACCCUAUGUGAAGGCCGCAAUCAUUGAAAUUAUUAGUAUUUACAUUGUUAUGCUUGCAGCAAUCCUCCCCUCCCAAGAUGAUAUACUGACGAGUUUCGCCAAGAGAUGUUUGGCUGUCGGAUAUGGUGGGGGAGUAGCAUUGAUAGUCCAGGUGUUUUUCUUUCCGUUGAAGGCACGAGAGCAAUUAAAUGAAGAGAUUUCAUUUGUUUGUGGUUGCAUAUCUGAGAUGGAACUUCUAUACGCCACUGGACUGGAAGGGGAAGAAGUCGCCAACAGUAUGAGCGAGAGCAAAUACCAAAAAAUUGAAAAAAUAUCAAAAAGUGCUAAAGAAGCAUUAGCGCGUGCUACGGCUUACAAAGGAUUGACCAGACAAGAGCCGAGAUUAAAGGGCGAAUACACCGAAUUGGAGAACGUUUUCACUCAAGUUAUAUUCAUCCAGAAGCAAAUUAUAGAGAGGAUAGAUACGAUUUCUUUACUGAGAAAGCAAAAUGGUAGUGUAGUUGUUGAAGAAUUUAACAGUGCUGUCUACCCAUACCGACGCCAAAUGGUGGGAAGUAUUUCUUGCCUGAUGAGAGCACUUCAAGAAGCUUUUAUAAAUAAAACCCCAUUGCCGCAAUUUUUACCUAGUGCAAGAAUUGCUCAUAGAAGGUUGAUCAAUAAGGUACGUCAAACGUUGCGGAUCAAAUAUCCUGGCCAAAUUUCAAGCUUAACUGAUGAAACAAAAAAUCUGAAUAAAGGAGGUUAUGCUGGUUACGAUGAUGAAGAAAACGAAGAUAACGAUGGUUUGGUGAUGAAGAUGAAUAGGAGAUGGCAAGGGAACACUAGGGCUAGCCCUCACGAAUACGUCCUGAAGGAGAAGUUUUUAAGUUGGAACGCAUCUAGUGCUGCAUCGGAAGAAAUAAUUGAAUACAUUGAAGAGCUGUUGAACUUGACUAAAAUUUUGGUGGGUGUGAACGAGUUUAAGUACGGAUUUUUAUCUCGUCCACUUUAUGAGGAUUGGGCUGCAGAGGCGGUUACAGGUUUCGACGAUUUCAUAAACGGGAAGAGCAAACCUAAAAAAGCAUGGCGUAAUACAACUCCGUUCGAUGGUACUUCAAUUAUUUCGGAGGGAAAUGAAAGUUUGCAAAGUUCAAAUUCAAACGAAUCUCAAAUUUCCCCUGAUUCCACAAGAAGUUAUGAACCCGAACGUCCUAUGGCAUACGAACAGAAUGAUAUUUCAACAGCUUUAAAUCUAUCGCGGAUUGCUUCUCAUAAAGCAGGACAAAACUCAGAAGGUCUACCAAAGACAUUUAGGAAUAGGGCAUUUUCUAUAGCUUCCACCUCCGGUCAAUUGUCGAGCUUAAGCAGACAUAGCACGCUUGGUAAUGCUGAUCCUAAUUACCUAAAUGAUGAAAGCUCCGAUGACGAUUUACCAUUAGCUUUGAAGAUGGUGCUAAGUCACAUGAAGGAUAAAAAGGACUGA